AUGGUUCACAGACCAACGGUAUCGGUUUUCAGCACUUCCACGGAGAAGCGCGUCGGAUCGACGGUAAUGCCUAAGGUGUUCUCCACGCCGCUCAGGUCCGAUCUCGUGCACUACGUACAUACAAACAUGUCCAAGAACAAGAGGCAGGCAUAUGCUGUCUCCAAGUUGAGCGGCUACCAGACUUCAGCUCGUUCCUGGGGUACCGGAAGAGCCCUCUCGAGAACUCCCAGAGUCAAGGGCGGUGGCACCCACAGAGCCGGGCAAGCAGCAUACGCAAAUUUCUGCAGAGCAGGUGGAAUGUUCGCGCCCACCAGAACGUGGAGAAGGUGGCACAGAAAGGUUAACUUGAAGGAGCGCCGCCUGGCACUCUCAGUCGCAGUGGCUUCCACAUCAGUGGUCCCCCUAGUCAUGUCCAGAGGACACAGAGUCGAGUCACUCCCCGAGCUUCCGCUAGUGCUAGAGGAUUCGGUCGAGACUUUGACAAAAACACGCGAUGCAGUGGCCCUGCUCAACAAGUUGGGCCUUUCCGACGAGCUGGCACGCGUAUCGUCCGCAAGACGCACGAAGAGGGCCGGAAAGAAGUACCCAGUAGGCCCACUGGUGGUGCUGAGAGCCUCGGCAGUGGAGGGCAGACGCGCCUUCAGGAACAUCCCCGGCGUCGAAGUGGCCUCAGUCGAGCGCCUGAACCUGCUCAAACUGGCUCCAGCAGGCAACCUUGGAAGGCUGGUUAUAUGGUCCAAGUCAGCAUUUGAGUCGCUGGACUCCGUCCUGAGGGUAGAGUCAUCGAGGUCCACCAAGGGCUCCACCGGACUCACAAACCCAGACGUCACCUCCCUCGUUAACUCCACUGUGGUGCAAUCAAGCUUGAGGCCGAGAAAGCUGCCUCCCAGGAGGGUAACUGUCAAGAAGCCGCACUCGAGGAGGCUCCUCAGGCUCCUGCACAACUCAGUCAGGGCCAAGAAGACGGUCGACAAGAGCGCCAGGAAGGAAAGGAGGGCCGCAUCCAAGAAGUUUUUCAGGGACGUCGAAAGCGCCUUGGGUUCUUCAGAACCACUGGUUCUCAAACUCCCAGAAUAG